AUGAAGUCCUUCGCCCUCUCCGCUGCCAUUCUGGCGUCCGCUGUUGCGGCUUUGCCCACGAGCAUCCUCCCUAACGGUGCUUCCGGUGUCCUUCCCCCCACCCUUCCUACCCCCAGCUGCGCGCCUUCCGGCGUGUCCGUUUCUUCGGGAGUUCCAAGCAGCGUGUCCGUUGCUGCCAACGGUUACAAUGCGGAAGCCUCCGCUGGCUCCGCCCAGGUCUCGACCGGUGAAGUGACCAGCCAAGUCUAUGGCACGGCCUCCGACAAGGUCGAUGAUGUCUUGAGCGUCACCGAUGAGGCCGGCAAGAUGGUUCAGGUUGAGCUGGAGCCUACCGUGGCUCGCCUUCUCGGCAGCCUCCACAUGGGAAGCAUUAAGGGAUCUGUCGGACAGAUCAUCCAGGUUGCACCUACCAUUCAGGAGCUUCACAUCGACGGUGCCACUGGCGGCCUGAUCACCGUUGCCACUCACGAUGGCAGCGUUGCUCUCGUCAAGCUCAACGCCGUGGUGGAGGAUCUCCUCUCAAGCCUCGGUCUUUCUCAGGCUGGCUCUCUGGUUGGCUCCAUUGUUGGCCACGUGGAGGAUGUGGUGUCUGGUGUCGCGACCAGUGUCAAGCGCGGCCUUUUGUCCGAGGUCAUGACCGUCACCGACCUCCACGUUGGCACCGUCGUUGCCGAAGUCCCCGCUGUGUCCGACCUGACCACCGCCGCCAAGCACGUUGCUGCCAACCCCAACCAGCUUUUUGGCGUUCUUGGCCAGGACGGUGUCUCUGCCCUCCUGGUGAAGGUCGACAGCACUUCCACCGGUCUGCUGUCUAUGCUCGGUCUGUCUAGCCUGACUUCUACCGUUGGCAGCGUUGUCCCCGCCGGUCUUUUGUAA